AGUACAGUCGCGGUGUAAAGAUGUCGCCGGCUUUAUUUAAUUUUGUCGAUGCAAAAGACAAGUUUGUGGCUUCUGCAAAGAACGCGCUGGCUGGAAAAACAAGUAAACCUUUGAUAAGUACAUUCAACCACAUCCAUGGCAAUGAAGCGGAAAAGAAGACCACACUUGACCAGGCGCUGAGGGGUGUUCUCGGGGAGCAGAUAGCUGAGCAGAAGGCAGACUGUGAGGACUACCUGUCCCUCAUCUACUUGAGCAUUGAUGCAGUCACAGAGGGUAUCUGCUCAGCUACAACUCCUUUCCUCCUCCUAGGAGAUGUUCUAGACUGCCUUCCACUUGACCAGUGUGACAGAAUCUUCACUUUUGUUGAGGAAAAUGUCUCCACCUGGAAAUCUAGCUCCUUUUACACUGCUGGGAAGAAUUACUUGUUGAGGAUGUGUAAUGAUCUUUUGAGGAGGUUGUCCAAGUCCCAGAAUACAGUAUUCUGUGGCCGUAUCCAGCUUUUCUUGGCACGUCUUUUCCCUCUGUCUGAGAAAUCUGGUCUCAAUCUACAAAGCCAGUUCAAUCUGGACAAUAUAACAGUAUUUAACAAAAAUGAACAAGAAAGCACUCUUGGACAGAAGCACUCAGAAGAAAAGGAAGGUGGCAUGGAGGUAGAAGAAGGAGAAAUGGGAGAAGAUGAUGUUCCUACAGUGUGUUCCAAUCCAAUUGAUUACAACUUAUACAGAAAGUUCUGGACACUACAAGACUACUUCAGAAACCCUGUCCAGUGUUAUGAGAAGUUCUCCUGGAUGACAUUCCUUAAGUACUCUGAUGAGACGCUGGCAGUGUUCAAGAGCUACAAGCUGGAUGACACGCAGGCCUCCAAGAGGAAGCUGGAGGAGCUGAGAGCAUCUGAUGGAGAGCACGUCUACUUUGCAAAGUUUCUCACAAGCGAGAAGCUGAUGGAUCUGCAGCUCAGUGACAGUAACUUCAGGCGGCACAUUCUGCUGCAGUACCUCAUCCUCUUCCAGUACCUGAAGGGUCAAGUAAAGUUCAAAAGUUCCAGCUGUGUUCUGAAUGAUGACCAGGUGACGUGGAUUGAAGAGACAUCUAAACUGGUUUACCAGCUGCUGAGGGAGAUCCCCCCUGAUGGAGACAAGUUUGCCACCAUGGUUGAGCAUAUUCUUAACACAGAGGAGAACUGGAAUGCUUGGAAAAAUGAAGGUUGCCCAAGCUUUGUGAAAGAAAGGACUUUGGAAGACAAACCCAAAAGGCCUGCCAGGAAAAGAAAAGCUCCAGAAGACUUUCUUGGAAAAGGUCCAGACCGCAAGCUCUUCAUGGGAAAUGACGAGUUGACUCGAUUGUGGAACCUGAACCACGACAAUAUGGAAGCCUGCAAGUCAGACAGCAGGUCAGAAAAUCAGUACCUCAGCCCACCAUUUGACCUUUUCAGUGUAUCUGAUUUAACAUCAGUCGUUUUCCCAUUUAGGGAGUUCAUGCCGUCACUGGAUGAGUUCUUUGCUGAGGCCAUUGAGCAGGCAGACCCGGCCAACAUGAUCGAGGAGGAGUACAAGGUUGUACGGAAUGCAAAUUACGGCUGGCAGGCUCUGAGGAUGCUGUCCAGGAAAAGUCCGCACUUCUUUCAACCGACUCACCAACGAUUCAAGAACCUUCCAGAUUAUCUUGACAGCAUGGUUUGCAAACUGGCCAAAGAGCUGCCUAAGGACAUCCCCUCCGAAGAAAUCAAGACGGGAGAAGACGACGACGAUGAGAAUGGAGACAAUCUCCUGAAGGACAGUAAUGACAGUCCAAGCAUCCAAAGCAAACAGGUGACAAACCAGCUGAUGGACGACGUCGCAGCCAAACUGGGCGCUCAGUGGAAAACGCUGGCUUCUCAUUUGGAGAUGAAUGCGGCAGAGCUGCGCGACAUUGAAAGAGAGAGUGAAGAUGUUGACGUUCAGGCCAAACUGCUGCUUGUUGCCUGGCAGGACCGAGAGGGAUCACAGGCCACCGUGGAGAGUUUGGCUACAGCUCUCAAUGCUGCAGGAUUCCCACAGAUUGGGGACAGUCUCAGGGAUGCUUAGAUGUGUCAUUUACCAAACCAAAAUAACUUGAACUGUUUUGAAAGGUGUAGAAAGGUCCAGUUGUUUGUAUAAUCUUUAUUCAUUUUGAACACAUUAAAAUAUACACUUUGGUUCAA